AUGAGCCGCCGCGCGAACCAAGUCAUCGGGCCUACCUCUGCUUUGACAGAGUUCCUUCGGGAGUCUGGUAUAACUGCAACGACAGUCGCACGCCGUGUGCGGACCCGAAAUACCAACCAGCAGCAGCCUGCAGCUGGCCCGAGCAAUACUGCGCAGGAUGAGGGUGGAGACGCAGACGAGGGAGCUAGCGCAAAGGAGAAUGCGGAAUAUGACUCGGACAACCUAGACGAGCCAAACGAGGCCCCCGCGCCUAAGAAGCGCAAGCUGAGCAAGGCUGCCGAGGCGAAGCUCAAGGCGAAGGAAAAAGCGAAAGAAAAGGCCAAAGCGAAGGCGAAAGGAAAGAAAGGAGGAGAUGACGAAGACUACGAAGAUGACGAGGACGAAGACGAAGACGCUUACACCGCCCUGUCGAAGAUGUGGCGCAGUGACCUUCCGAAGCUGCCUGUUGGGAGCUUCGAGAACUGUGCAAAAUGCAAGAAACAGUUCACUGUGACUAAGUACACGAUGGCCGCCAACCCCCCUCCGGGCUACCUAUGCCACCUGUGCGCAAAGGCGUCUGGUGCAGACCCUUUCAAGAAGCCCGCAGCACCACGGAAGCGGAAGGCCCCUGCUGAGAAGCGAAAUGUAGUGAAGUUCGAGGAGAAUCGUAUCCCGAGUCUUGCGUUUAUGUGCAUUCAGUUGAUCAGUGAGCACAUCAACGAUGUCGAAGCACUCGGUGAUAUUGGCAGCAUCAAUAUGGAUUUGAUUGCCAAAGCGAUCUCUCGAAACAGGAGUUUAACUCCACAGAAUGCACCGCUCUUCUACAACAUUGAGAAUAAGAAUCUAGUUCUCUACGAUGUCACCAACUUGACGCCUCCGGCAUUCUGUACUAUGGCCUCUCUCAACCCAAACUUGACUAACCUGCGUCUCGACCUAUGCGGCCGCAUCGACGAUUCGGCUAUCGCAGCCUGGACAACCUCUCUGCCGCACUUGAAGCGCCUCGAGCUGCUAGGCCCCUUCCUUGUCCGUGUUCCCGCAUGGCAGACCUUCAUCAAAGCACACCCAGCGCUCGAAGGCUUUUUGAUCACGCAGAGCCCGCGCUUCGACCUCGAAUGCAUGCAGGCGCUGGUAGAGAGUUGCCCGAGACUUACGGAGUUGCGGCUGAAGGAGAUUGGCAAGAUGUCGGACAAGUUCCUCGAGCACAUCAAGGCCCUCGCGGGUACGCUCGUCUCGCUCGACUUGUCGUACCCGGGCACGCCUGAUGCGCUGAGCGAGCCUGCGGUGGUGGACCUGCUGGCUGCGGUCGGACCAUCCCUCACGCAUCUUGACCUGUCGGGGAACAUCGAGCUCGGGGACGCACUGCUCUUCAAGGGUGUCAAGCCGCACGCCCGCCAGCUGACGUCAUUCGCCUUUGCGGACGUCCCAGAGUUGACCGACGCCGGUGUUGCGGAGUUCUUUGACGCUUGGGGCACGAAGACGGAAGACGGUACGCGUCCGUGGCUCACUGUCCUUGACCUGGCACACAACCAUCAGCUUGCGGGCGACGCACUCAAAGCGGUGCUCAAUCACUCGGGGGCGACACUGGUGCAGAUGAAUAUUAACGGGUGGAAGGCAGUGUCCGCGGACGCACUGAAUGCCAUUGCGAAGCAUGCGCGGGACCUACGCAGGCUGGACGUGGGGUUCUGCCGGGAGGUGGACAACUGGGUGGUCAAGGAGCUGAUGGACAAGUGUGAUCAUAUUGAGGAGGUCAAGGUAUGGGGGUGCCAAAAAUUGUCUGAGGAUUGUCCGCGGAAAAGGAAUGUCAAAAUCUAUGGAGUAGAGGCACACACUAUCUCAUAA